CAACAAGCCACGAAUGGAAGUAAAAGAAAUGGGAGAAAAAAAACGACGGACGUGUUUGUUUUCGCUCCGCGUUACAAAGAUUUUCCUGGCGUUGGCCGAUACAGUCCGCGAGACGGCAAGCUCCUGUCGUUCCUGACGAGAGCAGAAGAAAAACGAUUUGCUAAAAAAAGCACGCUGCCCACGUGCACAGCGUACCGGAUUAGUGUAGUGUUGUUAGUGUGUGCGUUUAAAGUGCGAGUGUGUGUGUGUGUGCGUGUUAGUGUGCUCCCGUAAAACGUCCGAUCCGCCCUUUCCUCCCUCCUUUCCCUCUACUAACCACAGCAAUCAACGUAAGCCGUGGUGUGUGUGUGUGUGUGUGUGCUCUAAACCCUGUGUGGCACACACUGCUUGCAAAGGCGAGAUAGAGGAGAAGCAUCGUAGUAAGCGCAGGCACCGGAAGAGCCCCGACCGAAGCUGGAUGCGUCCGAGAUCGGGCUGAGGGAAAUGUCGGCGAACCGUAGCCGCUCGAUGCUAUCGGUCAACCUAGAGGCGGCCGCCAUGGCCAACGAUCCGCUGCGCGAGCUGUUCGAGGCGUGCAAGACGGGCGAUCUGGCGAAGGUGAAGAAGCUGAUCACGCCGCAAACGGUGAAUGCGCGCGAUACGGCCGGAAGGAAGUCGACCCCGUUGCACUUUGCUGCCGGUUACGGCCGACGGGACGUGGUCGAGUUUUUGCUGGCAAACGGUGCUUCCAUACAGGCGCGGGAUGACGGUGGACUGCACCCACUCCACAAUGCCUGCUCGUUCGGGCAUGCGGAUGUCGUGCGUCUGCUGCUCGAAGCCGGUGCCAAUCCGAACACGCGCGACAACUGGAACUACACGCCGCUGCACGAGGCGGCCAGCAAGGGCAAGAUCGACGUUUGCAUCGCCCUGCUGCAGCACGGUGCCGAUCCGAGCAUUCGCAACUCGGAGAACAAGAUACCGCUCGAUCUGGCCGACCCGUGCACACGCCCCGUGCUGACCGGGGAGUACCGCAAGGACGAGCUGCUUGAGGCGGCACGCUCCGGUUCCGAGGAGCGCCUGCUGGAGCUGCUGACACCGCUGAACGUCAACUGCCACGCCAGCGAUGGGCGCAAAUCGACGCCGCUGCACCUGGCGGCCGGGUACAACCGGAUCCGGGUGGUGCAGAUCCUGCUGCAGCACGGUGCGGACGUCCAUGCGAAAGACAAGGGCGGGCUGGUGCCGCUACACAACGCCUGUUCCUACGGCCACUUCGAGGUGACCGAGCUGCUGAUCAAGCACGGUGGCAACGUGAAUGCGAACGACCUGUGGGCGUUUACGCCGCUGCACGAGGCCGCCUCCAAGAGCCGGGUCGAGGUGUGCAGCCUGCUACUGAGCGAGGGGGCCGAUCCGACGCUGCUAAACUGCCAUAACAAGUCGGCGAUCGAUUCCGCCCCGACCCGGGAGCUGCAGGAGAAGAUUGCCUACGAGUAUAAGGGCCACUGCGUGCUGGACGCAUGCCGGCAGGCGGACAUACAGCGGCUGAAGAAAAACCUCACGACCGAAACGGUCAACUUUGUGCAUCCGUACUCGGGCGACACGCCGGUGCACGCGGUCGCCCAGUCCGUCUACCCGAAGCGCAAACAGGUGCUGGAGGUGCUGAUACGCAAGGGCGCGCUGCUGAACGAGAAGAACAAAGACUUCCUGACGCCGCUCCACAUCGCGGCGGACAACUCGCACUACGAGCUGAUGGACGUGCUGCUGCGGCACGGUGCCAAGGUGGAUGCGCUCGACGGGCUCGGCCAGACGGCGCUGCACCGGUGCGCCCGGGAGGACAACAUCCAGGCCUGCCGGCUGCUGCUGUCGUACGGCAUCGACAUCAGCAUCGUGUCGCUGCAGGGCUACACCGCGGCCCAGCUCGCGACGGAGAACGUGCUGAAGAUACUGCAGGAUCCACCGUCCGACACGGUCGAUCUCGAGUGUCAGCUGCUGGAGGCGGCCAAGGCGGGCGACCUCGACACGGUGCGGCGCAUCGUGCUGUCCUCGCCGAUGACGGUCAAUUGCCGCGAUCUGGACGGGCGCCACUCGACGCCGCUACACUUUGCGGCCGGGUACAAUCGCGUGCCGGUGGUUGAGUUUCUGCUCGAGCACGGUGCGGAGGUGCACGCGUCGGAUAAGGGCGGGCUGGUGCCGCUGCACAACGCGUGCUCGUACGGCCACUACGAGGUGACGGAGCUGCUGGUCAAGCACGGUGCCAACGUGAACGUGGCGGAUCUGUGGAAGUUUACGCCACUGCACGAAGCGGCCGCCAAGGGCAAGUACGAAAUUGUCAAGCUCCUGAUCAAGCACGGAGCUGACGUGACAAAGAAGAAUCGUGACGGCGCUACGCCGCUCGAUCUCGUCCGGGAGGGUGAUCAGGAUGUGGCCGAUCUGCUGCGAGGCAAUGCAGCUCUACUCGAUGCCGCCAAGAAGGGCAAUUUGGCGCGUGUACAGCGACUCGUCUCGGCCGACAACAUCAAUUGUCGGGAUGCACAAGGGCGCAACUCAACACCGCUGCAUCUGGCUGCUGGAUACAACAACCUGGAGGUGGCGGAGUAUCUCCUCGAACACGGUGCCGAUGUGAACGCGCAAGACAAGGGCGGCCUGAUACCGCUGCACAACGCGUCCUCCUACGGGCAUCUGGACAUUGCCGCACUGCUCAUCAAACACAACACGGUGGUAAACGCGACGGACAAAUGGGGCUACACGCCGCUGCACGAAGCGGCCCAGAAGGGGCGCACGCAGCUGUGUUCACUACUCCUCGCCCACGGAGCCGAUCCGUUCAUGAAGAACCAGGAGGGACAGACCAGCCUCGAUCUCGCCACGGCUGAGGAUGUCAAGUGUUUGCUGCAGGACGCGAUGGUCGCCUCCCAGGGCACGGUGGCCGGUGGCACUGCUGCUGGGGCUGGUGCUGGCACCUCGCAGGCAGGCAUCCUGUCGGCCAACGGCACCCUCUUGGCAACGAGCUGCUCGCCAACCACCGAAACAGUGACGCUGCCGACGGGCGCCUCCAUGACACUGUCCGUCCCGGUGCCACAGCUCCCGGUUCGUAGCUGUCUCAGCCCGGCGCAGGGCGCUGAAGCGAACGUGGACGGCAUUGUGGUGGACCACGAUGAUAAGAUGCCGUCCGUACCGUCGAUUGAGUCGUCCGUUUCGGUGUUCCUUACCAGCCUGCAGUUGGAGCAUCUGAUAGAUCUGUUCGAGCGCGAACAGAUCACGAUGGAUAUAUUGGCCGAGAUGGGGCACGAAGACCUGAAGCAGGUCGGCGUUUCGGCGUACGGCUUCCGGCACAAGAUACUCAAAGGCAUUGCGACGCUGCGCGCCACUACAGGACUUGGCCUUACACCGAACCCGGGCACACUGCUGGUGGAUCUUCUUCCCGACGACAAGGAGUUCCUUGCGGUCGAGGAGGAAAUGCAGGCCACCAUUCGGGAGCACCGCGACAACGGCCAUUCUGGUGGCUAUUUCAAUCGUUACAACAUUGUUCGGAUACAAAAGGUGCAGAAUCGGAAGCUUUGGGAGCGGUACGUGCACCGGCGGCAGGAAAUAUCGGAAGAGAACGGUCACCAGGCGAGCGAGCGGAUGCUGUUCCACGGCUCACCGUUCAUCAACGCGAUCGUGCAGAAGGGCUUCGACGAGCGGCACGCGUACAUCGGCGGAAUGUUCGGGGCCGGUAUCUAUUUCGCGGAGCACAGCUCCAAAUCGAACCAGUACGUGUACGGUAUCGGUGGCGGUAUCGGGUGUCCCACGCACAAAGACAAAUCCUGCUAUCAGUGCCAUCGGCAGUUGCUGUUGUGCCGUGUGGCGCUUGGAAAAUCGUUCCUACAGUUUAGCGCGAUGAAAAUGGCCCACGCACCGCCGGGACAUCAUUCCGUGAUCGGGCGACCCUCGGCCGGUGGUUUGCAUUUUCCCGAGUAUGUCGUUUACCGCGGAGAACAGGCAUAUCCGGAGUAUUUGAUAACGUACCAGAUUGCAAAACCGGACGACGGUGCGAACGGCGAAGAGCCGGCAAGAUGAUGGACGAUCUCUGCCGCUAGUAACAUCAGCCAAAACAACAACAUUCUCGUUUCGGUUGUGGGCGGUGGCACGAGUGGCACCGGUGGUGGUGGUGGCAGCAGCAGCAGCACCGGCCCGAACAGCAACGGCACAUUGGGAGGAUUCAUUACUGGUGGCAAGGGGAACGGUGGUAGUGGUGGUGGAGCUGGAACCAGUGGAGGAGGAGGAGUAGGUGGCGGCAGCACAAACGAUGGCACUGGCACGAUGGUCGGAUCAAACUUCACUCGCAUCCGUUCGACAACUCGCUCGACGAUGGCCAAAGCAACGGCGGUGCGCGUUUCAACGGGGAAAAAGUUUAGCCAGCUGCUGAUUAUAACACCGGCGGUAGCGAUCGAUAGCAACGAGCACGACGACUAUCAUGGACCGUUCAACUCGUCCUCGCUCGACAGUGGUUGUGGCGGGAGCAGCGAAGGGAGUUUGUCGGACGAUUUGCUCGAGGAGGACGAACAGCGUCGCCAGCGUCGAAGACAGCAGGGAGCCGGUGAUCGCAGGAAUAAUAACGAUACCGUGCAUCAACUACCCCCUUUGCUGGGUGGUGGUGGUGGUGGUGAAGGAGGAGGACGGCGCGAUGGAGGGGGAACCACAUCGUCGCAGGGUUCCUGGCGUUGGUGUGGUUUGAUCUGCUCGGCUGUAAAAUGCUUCCGGGCAGCAGCUGCCACCACGGCCAGUCGGCGAUCACAGCAAGGCCGACCAUCGCCAAGGCAACCGCUCGCUGGAACGGCUGUUCGCUACACGACGACUUCGGAAGGUGUGUGGGGCCAAGGUGGUGGUGGUGGUAGCACUGCCCGUCGACAGGGAACGACCCGGUUCAGCAACAACCAUGUGUACGAGUACACCAUCAAGAGCUAUCAUCAUCCGCAGCGCGGCGAGCGUCGAUCGAAUGGCGGAGGGUUGGCUUCAGUUGCGCUUCCAGGUACCGGCGGUGCUGGUAGUCGCUCUGCCUCGCUAUCGUCCGACACGUCCGCCCUGUCGAUGCUGGCCGAAACGGGCACACUGGCCGACCAUGACCAUAUCAACAACAACCACAACAACAGUGCAGCGCACCACAACGGAAACAUUCUAGCAAACUCAUCCAUCGGUACGAUCGCUGGCGGUAGUAGUUCGGGGAUAGGUACGACAUCGAUCGUUGUCACCACCGCCACCACCUCCUCGGGAGCUUCCUCGCCAACCAUCGAAACGUCGACGAUUGGACGGGUGAGCGAACGGAACAAUAUCAUGUACAAGUUGUGACCAGCAGGUUGGUCUGAAGCGAGCGAAGAUCGUCCGAUCGCGUAUUCUGCUAAUGCAACCGCAGCCAACCACAUAAUAGCCAUCGCCUGUUUGCCCUCUACUGGACAGUACUGCCAAAGCAUCGCGGGCGAAAGUAUAUCAUACUUCUUAAUAUGUAUCGUGUGUCUUUGCAUUGUAGUGGACCCUAUUAAUCACCAGUUUACGAUCCUGCCAAUACUAACGAUCGCUGCAUCAGUGUCUGUGUGUAUGUGUAUGCGUGUAUGCGUGUGUGUGUCUCUGCGUGUCACUCCAGCAUCCCAUCGAUCAUUGGUAGGCUUUUAAUCAUUCAUUCAGUAUAUUUAUACCACAUUUUUUGAUUCGGGAUAACCGUACAGCGCGGUCCACCGCUUUGUACCAUUUUGUGUAUCAUUUGGCAUCGGGCGAGUCAACAGUUCGAAGCAAAAAAAAAGGACACUAAAGAUGAUAAAACAAAAUCAAGGGAAAAAAAGACCAAGCGUUGUGUUGGCUGCCCUAAGUGCGCCUAUUUCGCGCAAAAAAAAGAAUGCCUAUGGUAAAAUGCCAAACAGGCCCCCGUGUGUACGAGCUAUUUUUACUGUAAUCUAAUUUCACGAAUGUAUGGAAAAUAACCGGGGACAGUACGGAAGGGAAGAGAUGUGAUUUGUUCGCAAACCGCUGUCAAGCGAACGAUUAGCGAACGAACGAAAAGCGAUUUGCGAACGGAUAAGGCUUAUUAUACGAAGUUGAAUUAAACAUUACGAGCCCCACAUGGUUAAUUUUUCGAAUUUAAGCGUGAUCAUUGUGUGCGUGAGUUUGUGGUAUUCGAGAGAAAGAGAGACAGACAGGGAGAGGACGAGGAAGGGGGCGAUGUGCAGAAACAGACACAUUAUACAACCUACAUUUUUUUUACUGUAAUAAUAAAUAAAAUCGUACGGAAAUAUUGAAACCAUACAACACACGUUUACGUCUUAAAUGAAGAAUUUUCCGAAAUCAUAAUCAAAGCACUACAAUAGAGAAAUCAAGCACGGAUAGUAGAUGAUAAGUUGUGCUAUUUUCGACAUUUCAAUACGAUUCUUUGCAUUCUUCAGCUUCUAAAUAUGAUAAAAAGUUAACGAAUUAUUUAAAAAAAUGAUAAAAUAAUUUCUCUGUUUUGAUUCCACACGUCACCGAAGGUUUGCAAAGAGCUGUCAAUUCAAGCUCCAAUGGUCCUACCUGUUCGAUAUCAGUCAAAACAAACCACAAUUUGCAACAACAACAACAACAGAAAAUCAACACAAACGCAUCGCCUCCUCCACCUGGCCGCAUGGUUUUGUCGUGGCACGAAUCUCGUCCUGGCAUUUAACGUCCGAAUCUCAACCGGUUUUAGUCAUAGUGUUAUUUUUUAUCGUGUUCUAAUUACCAACUGUCGCGUGUGCGUAUUUGCUGCCGAGAAGAAGCUCUAAACUUGGCCUUGAACCAUCAGCAUCAUCAUCAUCAUCAGUGUCUCGCGCAGCAGAAGGAAAAAUAGCGUUUAGCCCCUCUCCAAGAAUACGAUUCCGUGAAGCCGAGCGUGAGUGUGUGUCAUUUUUUUUUGUAUUGCGAAACAAUUUCAAGGGCCAAAAGAAAGGCCGAUUUGGCUGACGCAACAGCAGGGCACCGCAUCAUCCGUUCGCAAUCCAAAGUUCAGACGAUCGUCACGCCAGAACGAAGCGGACGGGCGCGCAACAGCCAGUCAGUAGUAGUCCGUGCUGAUUGGCGAGUAAUUUUGCGUGAAAUCGCUCCAAGCGACCAGUUGCUGCAGUGUGUGCGUGCCGUGUACUGAUAAGCGGACGGAAGAACAGACCGAAAGAUUCUACUGUAAAAG